CGCAUGCGCGCAUGUGCAUAAAUUUGGCUAGAAAGUGUCAAAAGUGGUUGGUGUUGUUAUGAAUCGUAGAAGAAACCGAGGGAAUUUCCCUUCCAAGUUUGUGUACACUGGUGAACAAUGGAGGCAUGAUUGGCCUAGUGUGCUCUCACCGCUGUGGCCCAGGUUCAAACCCUGGUCAAACUGGGGAUUUUCUCUGAGUUCCUGCCUUGCUUCGAAUUUGUGUCACAAGGCAAAAGUGGAAGAUGUUUUAUUGCUACCUGCCCAAAGAGGGGAAAAUUCUUCAAGAGGCUAGACAAUCACCUCUCAAGUUUACACAGAGGUGUUUCAAGAGCUGAAAAUGACAAUUUGAGUCACAGAAACCAAGAUGAUCAAGAUGGUAGCAGAAAAAUGGAAAUGUGUCUUCUUUGUGGAGAACAGUUUUUGCAACUGCGUCACCAUUUGAAAAAUAAACAUAACCUGUCUCUGCGCAAAUACAGACAUCAAACUGGAAAAAAGGAUGAAACAAAGGUUGAAAAAAAGGAGAAACAAGAGUGCCAUGAAAAGAAACUAGAGUUUGGUGAGGAGGGGGAUGAAACAGAGGGAAAAGAGUCAGGGGAGAGAAAUGAAAACGAUAAGGUGAAAGUAAGUGAUAUGCUUGAGGAAGAAGAGAUGGACAAGGAGAUGGUUGAAGAGGAUGAGAUGAAUGGGAAAACUGGAGGGGACAGUUUUGAGAGAGAGAUGGUGGAGGAUGAGGAGAUGGCUGAGAAGGAAGAUAUGUAUAAGAAAACUGAAGAGGACAGGUUCGUGAUGAAACUGUUCGACGAGGAAGCGGUAGCUGAGAAAGUAGAUACGUAUAAAAAAACUGAAGAGGGUAGUACGUUUGUGAGAAGGCUGUUUGAUGAGGAGGAGGCAGAUGAGAAAGAAGUUCGCUUUGAGGAUAUUGAAGAGGACUAUGUACGGUUUUUAGUUCAUAAGGGAAAUAGAAUGAAAUUGGACUUCUUCUUGCAUUUCAUGGAAAGGGGAGGCAUUUUAAGGUCAUACAAAGUAUCUCCCAUAAGAAGAAUCUCGUUUGGUGAGCUCCCUUAUGAGACUCUAAGAGAUAUCUACAGUAUGCGGAAGAUUUUAUCUGGCUACUUCAAAAGAGAUGUUUUCAUGUACCCUUACCCCGAUGUGGAAAUGAUAGAAAAAUGCCGUGCUUGUGGUGCCAAGGAACGAGGAAAAUGCUGCUGUCCAGUUCUAGAGAAAUCCUUCUAUGUAUUUUGCCGUGAGAGAUGUUCUCCCAAGUACAUCAGUGAGUGCAAGAGGUGCCUUAACAUGGGAAAUAGCUCAACACAUGCUUGCCUGGACUUCUUCUUCUGUAGAAGGUGCAACGAGGAAUACCGUGCCCGAGAAAGAUUGAAGCAUUUUUAAAGAGGCUACGUCACGGUUAUAGCGUAAUUUAGCCCAAGCUUAACAAGACCAGGAACCGUUUGUUCGUUGGGAAUAUCCAUCUAGGUUUGUAGAAAAACCGUUUUGAUUUUAUAACUUUGUUUAAAUUGUGCUUUACUAAGCGUGACAUAGCCCCUUUAAACCGCUUUGCAUAUAAUAAGAUUAACUCAAAUAGUGCAACCAAUGCAAAAUGAAACAGUGGGGCCUGAUAUGGUAUGGGUUUACAAAAGCGAGGUGUCAUCAUCACAGUUUAAUAUUUUAUUUAUUUUAUAUCUUAUUUAAGUCUAGUGCACACUAGCGACAAAGUACGGCGCCACACUAACAAAAUUCAAUCGAAAGCUAAAAUUUACUAAAAUGAGCGCACGAAAAUACAUAAAUAAAGCGAUAUUAACAUGUUACAAAAUUCCUGUGCAUUUUCUCUCACUUUUACGUUUGCGAUAAAACGCUGUUAUAUCUAGUGUGCACGACGCUACGGCCUUUUUGUUAUACGGUCAUUUUGUUAUAUGCCCGGGGAGGGGGAGGACUCAAAAUGACAAAAAAUGACGGGGGUGCUCGAUAAGAAAAAUAAAAUUGACCCCUAAGAGAUAGCAAGGUAGGCGUGGGACUUUAUUUUUAAAUAAUUAAAAUUAAAGAAAGCAAAAUACUUCUAAUUGCAGAUAGCAAAAAUUUUAUUUUUUAAAAUAUUUUAUUAAAACAAUGUGCAGUAUGAAGUAACGCCUUUUUUUUGUGGGAGCCCCCCUUACCGUUAGGUGACUACGUAUCAAUUUCUUAUUGCACCUACUAAUCAAUUUCCAAUUCUGGGUGCCGGGAUUUGAGUUAUUCCGAAAUAAAAUUGCAAAUAUCACCCAACAUUUGAUUAACCUAUUUAUCACAAGAUCAUUGAAAUAGUUCUGGAGUCAACGAGAACAAACAUCCAUUGAAACGGGGCUUCCUUACUGUUUGAACAUGGUAUAAACGUAUUAGGGAAUAAAUGAUUGUACCAACGGAAACAUUUGAUUCGCACUAGGAAACGUUAAGGAACAACGAGGAAGUAGCUUAUAGUCCUUUAUGGUAUAAUUAAAAUCAUUUGAACAUGAAUAAUAGAGUCGCAAAGUUGGAUACUGUGAUUUGUGUUUGAUUCAGCAAUUGAACAAAUGUUUGUUUUUACUUUUUAUUUAAUGUCAACAAAACUAGAUAUUUGAAGGAAUUUGUAAAUAAAAUUGUAAUAAAGUACUAUUUUAAUAAUG